CUCUCUUAGCUAUUUGAGUUUUGUUUCAGCUGUGAUGGAUUUGAGGAUUGAAAUGCAGAGGGCAACCACUUUUGCUUCUCAAUUGGCUUAUGUGCUCGAGAGCUAUCUUAUUUCCGGUGGAGUACUUAAGAGGUAUAAAGCCCUCAAUGUAGGUAAACUAAGGUACCUGGCAAUUGUAGUUGAAAGUGAAGACGCGUACGAAACUUCCAAAGUUAUUGAGCUUCUGCAGUGGUUAGAAGCUAUUGGUGUGAAAUGUGUGUGCCUCUACGACACAGAAGGAGUAUUGAAGAAAUCAAAAGAAGUCAUCUUGACAAAACUGAAAAAUGCAACAGUAUUUGAGGAAGGUUAUAAAGAUGAAAGCUUUGUUGACCAAAAACGCAUGUCUCUAGAAUUUUCUUCAUUCUCUGAUGGAAAAGAAGCUAUAACCAAAGCAGCUAACUUGCUCUUUGUGAAGUAUUUGAAAUUGGCUACACUACCUGGUCAUCAUGAAGAGAAAAUCUUUACAGAACCUCACAUGGAUGAUGCACUUAGAGCUAUUGGUCGCAGGGGGCCGGACCCUGACCUCCUAUUAGUUUAUGGACCUGCAAGAUGCCACCUUGGCUUUCCUGCAUGGAGAAUGCGAUAUACUGAGAUUGUACACAUGGGUCAACUAAAGCAUAUGAGAUACGGUUCCCUAAUUAAAGCCAUUUACAAGUUCACCACUGUGCGCCAAAACUAUGGUAAAUGAUACUGCCUUUGGUAUAUGUGGAAGGCAUAUGACAUUUGGAACAAAAUAUUUGGAAUAUCGGUCAAGGGCAAAGUAUGUGAUUAGAGAUUGACCUUCCUGGCUCCUAUUGAGCAUUCUUAGUGUUAUGCAUACAAGUUUGUAACAUUUAUAGUAAUACAGGAUAUAGUGGAUCUAGCGCUGUUGUAACCACAACUGUUCAUUCCCGGUUGUAAUGCUUGAGUUUGUUGAAUUAAGUUUCUUCCUCACAUAUAAACAUCUUAUAUAUACAUCGGAAUGUAGCAUGAGAUUUUU